GGCUUCGGACUCCCGACGACUGGUGGCGCUAGCUACCCCGAGCCUCAACUCGAAAUCACUGCUGUGCUGCGAACGAGGAAACGAGAAAUCGUGCGAGCUUCGUUUUUAUCGAUCUAUUCUCAAGGAUCGAGGAGAUUAUUUUUUCACUGAAAAAGAAGGUUACCACUCGAAAUCACGACUCCUCGGACCCAUCGGACUCUCAAGUUUUUACUCAACAUUUUCCAACGAAACAUAACAGCGAGAGAAUCAACUUUCGGACUCUUCUCGUGCGUGUUCGCUUUUUUUUUCCCCCCUCCUUGGCGCUCGCCCCCCUCCACAAAAAAGUUCAUUCAGUGCGUCGCCACACGGGGGCAGAAAGAGCGCUGCGAUCUUCUUGAGUGGGGGUUCAAAGAGUCUGGGGAAGAAGAGCAGCGGGAGAGAGAGAGAAAGAAAACUCGAGUGUUGGCCGCCAGGAGAAUUUCAGUGUUCUCGAUCAGUGCGCGCGCGACUCCGUCGUUGUGACGACGGCUCGUGAAAGAGAGGUGCCAUCUCACAGAAAAUCGGUUUACAAACGAAAUACAUCGGUGCUCCGGAUUCAAUGUGAAUAUUCAAAUUCAUCCGAAAUAUUCGAACAAAUAAUCAACAAAUAUAUUCAUCGAUCAAUCAAAUUGCAGCGAAUAUGAGAAUGAAAAAAUGCCGAUCACAGUGACACUUACGAGUCGUGAAUUUUCGUGUUGUGCACACGAGACAUAAAACGAAUUUCAAAUUAAAAGAAGCAAUUUAUCUAUCCAAGUAUCUUCGAAGGAUCUCGCGUUGGCGAUUUUUUUCGAAUAUUACGUUCGCUCGGUUUCUUCGAUCAACCUUUACGGAUAUUUUGGCGAUUUUCUCCACGCCGGAUUCAAUGGAAUACAAAGUGUUUACGUCUUCUGCGUGUUGCUGAAGUGCACGAGUGUGGAUUUACGUGAAAGUUCGUUUUUUUUCUGUUUUCCCUCCCUGCCUUUGCCCAGUUUCCCCAAAACCCAUUUUUUUUUUCUCGUUUUUGCUUGAUUAACGAAGCUUUUUUUCUAUCCGGAGAUAAGAAAAAAUUGAAAAAGGCGGCAAAGGGCCUGCUUUUUGUUUGUUUUUUUUUUCCGAUAAAACCUCAGCCUCUGGCCACUCGAUCUGUGGCUAUGCAACGACGCUUUUUCACUACGAGGAGGUAACGCCGCGCAACCCCCUCGCGGUUUACCCCCGAAUAUUGCAUAAAAAUCUCAAUUUUUCCUACAAAAACACGGAAAUCUUUGAAAGCACGCCGCAAAAACGAUCUUUUGGGCUUUUGGCCUACGCGCGAGUGAUUCUCAAUCCUUUUCUUCCCCUUUCUCCCUCUUUACCAAAGUGCUAAACAACAUGUGGACCGCUAUGCUUAUGUGGACGGCCGCCGUCGUGCUACUUCCGUCGCCACGACCGGUGAGCGGAUCGGGGGUGUUCGAGUUUAGGCUAAAGUCGUUCGUCAACGAAUACGGAAAGGACAGCCUGGGCAAUUGUUGCUCGGGCAGUAAUUCCCCCGCGGGGGAAUGUUCGGGGGUGUGUAAAACGAGAUUCAGGGUUUGCCUGAAGGAAUAUCAGGUGAAGAUCGACCCGACGACCCCGUGCACGUACGGCGACGUCGUGACACCGGUUCUCGGUGACAACGUCGUCAAUCUGAGUGCGAAGGCGGCGAUGCCGAGUUUCAGCAACCCCAUAAGAUUUCCCUUCGACUUUACGUGGCCGGGCACGUUUUCACUCAUCGUCGAGGCAUAUCACGACUCGGGCAACAGCACCUGCCAAUCUGCCGAAAAAGUGCUCAUCACCAGACUGGCGACCCAGCGCUGGCUGGACGUCGGACCCGAGUGGACCGAGGACGAGCACCGGAGCGCCAACUCGAAGAUGAUCUACGAGUACAGAGCAACCUGUAGCGCCCAUUACUACGGCAAAGGCUGUGAAAAUCUCUGCCGACAGAGGGACGACAGCUUUGGCCACUACAGCUGCAGUCCGACCGGCGAAAAAGUGUGUCUUUCCGGCUGGAAAGGCGAAUACUGCACGACUCCUCGCUGCUUGCCCGGAUGCGACGAGCAACACGGACACUGCACACAGCCCAACGAGUGCCUUUGUCACAGCGGCUGGGAAGGUGCGUUCUGCAAUCAGUGUCAAAAGUAUCCUCUCUGUCGGCACGGUAGCUGCGAGAAGCCCUGGGAGUGUCACUGCAACGUGGGCUGGGGUGGUCUGUUGUGCAACCAGGAUCUCAACUACUGCACGACUCACAAGCCGUGCAUGAACGGCGGCACCUGCUUCAACACCGGGCACGGGUCUUACACCUGCUCGUGCGCUCCCGGUUUCACCGGUGACAAAUGCCAGACGGUACUGCUCGACUGUCGCUCGAGGCCUUGCAUGAACGGCGGUUCCUGCAGCAUGGAGAGCAAGAACAGCAGUUCCCCGACGGGCCUGGGUGCGUCGUCCUCGAGCCACGCGGCCAGCGGGAACGAGCACAACGGCCGGAACUCCUCCUCGGGCACGGAAUUGGCGAAGCGCGUUUACCAGUGCGCGUGCGCGCCAGGCUGGCGGGGUCGGCAUUGCGAGAUCAGCUCGCGCUCGUGUCGGGACUCGCCGUGUCUCCACGGGGCGACCUGCAGCGACGACUCCCUCAAGGGCUACGCGUGCGAGUGUCGACCGGGGUACUCGGGAACCGACUGCGAGACCCAGGUCGACGAGUGCAGCCCGAAUCCGUGCAGAAACGGGGCUACGUGCACGGACCUGAUAAACGAGUACCGGUGCGCGUGCCCGGUCGGCUUCACCGGUCAGCAUUGCGAGAUAAACGUCGACGACUGCCAGGGCGACCCUUGCCUGAACGGUGGGACGUGCGUCGACCACGUGAAUCGGUUUCGUUGCCAGUGCGUGCCCGGCUACGUGGGUCGCUUGUGCCAGGACAAAGUGGAUUACUGUUUGGCCAAGCCGUGCGCCAACGGCGGCCAGUGCAUCUCCGGUACCAACGACUAUCGGUGCUCCUGCCAGCCGGGCUUCACGGGCAAGGAUUGCAGCAUCGACAUCGACGAAUGCCGAAGCUCCCCGUGCCGGAACGGCGGUACUUGCAGAAACCGGGUGAACGGCUUCCAGUGCGAGUGUCCCGAGGGCUGGCGGGGUGAAACCUGCCAGGAGGAGGGCUCGGCCGGAGUCGCGGUGAGGACGCAGAGCACGAGCGGGGCCUCGGCGCCCUCCGGGGCGAGCUCCUGGUCCGGCAACCUCGCCAGUCCCUCCGCGGAAGCUCGCGACGCCGGCCUGACGACCGAGCACGUCGUCGUAAUCGCGACCCUCUCGACGGCCGUUCCGGCCUUCGUCCUCGUAGCCGCAGUCGCUGUAAUGUGCAUGAAGAGGCGACAGAAGCGCGAGCAGGCCCGCGCCGACGAGGAAGCGAGGCUCCAGAACGAGCGGAACGCCGUCCACAGCAGCAUGAACAAGCGCGCCGGGACCAACGGCGCCGGGUGCAACGGCUCCUCCAACGGCAACGGCAUCCACGGCCCCAACGCCGGCGGCAUGCCCAACGGACUCCUGGGCGUUACCGGCCUCAACGGCGGCGCCCUCGGGAACGGCGGCUCCAGCCUCGUCGGCAGCACCGUCGGCAUCAACGCCGGCGCCGGCGCCGGCGGCGGCGGCGGCGGCGGCUGUUCCCUCGGCACCGGCGACUCCCACAUGAUUAAAAACACCUGGACCGCGAACAAGAACGUCAACAACAGCGGGAACAACGCCCGGGACGAGCUCGACUCCUCGUUCGCGAACGACAGCGGCCUCGACAUCUCCUGCAACGGCUACAAACCCGAACCGGUUAUCCAGGACUGCCGACAAGGGCGAACCGCCAAACAAUUGAACACCGAGGCCGCCGCCCACCGGGCCUCCCAUCACUUCCACAAGGACAAAGACAUGCUGGGUGUGAGUGGCCUAGAGGUCAAAAGGACUUCGGUGUACGUCAGUAGCAACGCACCGGAAUCGUGUUGCAACGAGGCCGCACUCAUGAAAAGGCCAACGACUUUGAGCGAAGGCGGGGGGGGCGGGGGUGGCCCGGACACGGGCUGCGGUGUUUACGUCAUAGACGAUCAUUACAGACACGACGCCGCGCUCGCCGCAACGCUAGCCACCGAAGUUUAGUCGAGCUUUUUCUUCUCUCGUUAUUAUAAUUAAGUCACGUUUUGUUUAACCCGAACUUUAUUCGAAAGCAUGGAAACACGGACACUUACACGACACACGCCCCGAGAGCGUUUAUUUAAGCUUACAGACUUGCGAGCCCGCCGCCGCUCCUCCUUUCAUCUUCCUACUUACGCACACACACACACGCGCGCGCGCGCGCGCGCGCGCACUUACAAUCUUACGUGGAAAACAAAACUUUAUACAUAUGUAUAUCUUGUAUAUGUUGAGAGCUGCGAGAAACAUUGAGAGAAAACGAGAAAACUAGAAUCGCGUACUCCGGGCGCGCGGACAAAAAAAUUAAUAAACUAAUAAGAAACGCGAAUCGUCGCUGAAACGCGUAGACGGCUCAUGGCCGCCAUUUUCACUUGCAGUUUCACUCUGUCGAACCGCCACUCCCCCCCACCACCGCUGUCAACGUUUUUUUCAUCGACGUGAAGUUGCCGCUGCGAGGCUUUUUUUUACCCAAGUGACAACUUCACGGCUACUACGUGACCACUUUCAAGCUCGAGUGUCCGUUGCACUAUGCCUUGUCAGAAUAACCCAAGCUCGAGGAGCCCCAGAAUUUCACUCCUGCCGGAAUCGGAUAUCUUGGCAGAGCUGGGAAUUAUCAAAUUUACGAGAAACACGCGGUUACGAAGACUCAAACUGCAACGAAAUUCGGCGAGCCGUGCACCGGUGAAAAUAAGUGAGAGAUGCUGUGUCGGCGAUUUCACGCCACCCCCACCCAUCCCCCCCCCCCCCUGCCCUUUCCCACGAUUUCCUCAUCUUAUAAAAAAAAUAAAAACUCGGUUCCCCCGAUAUGAAGAAAAAAGUAAAGAGACGUUUAGGUAUUUAAUAUUAUCAUGCUCGAAGCAAACCUUGUACAGAACUAAUUUAUUAUUAUUGUUAUUUACUAUUAUUAAGAUUGCUAUUAUUAUUAUUAAUGAUAUUAUAUCGCAUUAUCAUUGUUCCAGUAAUAUACAAAUUGUACGCACGACUGACUCCCUCUCUCGAGGGCCAAUGUGUAGGGUGACGAGAUUGCUGCGUGUGUCCGUGUACCGUUUGUUUUGUAUAAGUGUGCAUGAAUGCCUGUGCGCGAGGAGAAAUAGAAGUUUCUUUUUUUUGCCAGUAUAAAUACGGGGAAGCGGGAUAAAUCGAUCGACCGAUGGCCAUUACCGAUGAGAUAAAUUGUUAUGUUAUACGUGUCAUUUUCGUCUAUAUUAUAUUUUUUUCACUCUCAUUCUCUCUCUCUCUCUCUCUCUCUCUCUCGCUCUCUGGCUCUUGGUCUCUUCGUAACAAGAGUGUUCUGGUUUGACCAGAGUCGUUGCGCCCGUGUCUCGCUGACCCCCGAUUCCACAAAACUUCAAUUUCGUCUCGAUAUUAUUUCUACCGUUUGUUCGCGUUUCGAAAGGAAAAAUGCCUCGGCGAGGUUCGAGAGUCUCGAUUCGUUUGGCGACGUCAAUUUUUUUCAUUCUAACCUCAAAAUCACGACGCGCGAUGCCACACGGCGGAAUACUUUCGAUGCUAUGUGGUGCGUCUCGUCCCGAGCAGUUGCGAACCGAGCCGACGUUGUCCGAGCGUGAACUCGGCGUCGUCUCACGAUCACGCAGCGUUUACGUUCGUGUCUCACGGCGGACAGCCGUUUGGUUGGUUGGGAAAGAUUUUAGCGAAACAAACAGCCAUCAGCACCGUUCAUUUAUUCAUUUUCUUUUGCCUUCGCUAACCUCGUCAAGAAUUUUCGGACCGUCUCGAAACGUAAACAAAUGAAGUGAAUUCCGAGCACGAAAUGAGAUAAAUUGAGAAAAAAGAAAUGACAAUUAUGUGUUGUUAUACAGAGCGCGAUUUACGAUUUAUAUGAUUUUUAAUUAUUUAUUUGUGAUUAUGAGAAAUACUUGCGCCCCGAGCUGCCGCCGAGGCGAAAAUAAGUGUGUGAUUGCUGGUCUCGUGAUAAUGUUGAUUAACAUUGCGAUUAUUAUUAUUUAAAUAAUAAUCAUGACGGUAUAAUAAAUAUAUAUAUAUGAAUAUAUGUAUAUAUACGUAUAUCUCUGUAUGUAUAUUUAUAUACUUGCAUAUUUGUGUAUAUAAAUAUAUAUGUGAAUAUAUAAAUGUGUGUGUGUACGACGGAUUAUGACGACGAUAAUGAUAAAUGAUGAACAAAGAUUCGAUGAUGUUCCUGUUAAUUAAUAAUAUUAAUAAAGCGAUGAUGAUGAUGAAGAUGAUGAUGAUGAAUAAAAACAGAAAACAAAACACAUAUUAAGACACGAUUACACUACCAACUGAGUCAGGCUUCGGGUGAAUUUUGCUGUGCGCGUUGAAACAAAAAAUGACGUAGAAUAAGGAGAGGAAGAAGCAAAGAAAACGUUCGGCCCGUGGAGGAGGCGCGGGCGGUGUGAAAAGAGCGAUAAUCAAAACUCGCUUUUUUCUCCCCGCUAUGUUUACAUUUUGAUCUCAAAAUUCCAGAUUUUUCGUUUCGUAGCGAAAUCAUUGCUCGAUCUAUUGAGUUCUUUUUUUUUACUGCCUGUGCACGACACAUACACACACACACACACACACACACGACAAUUAUUUAACGAAAUAUUAUUUAAUUGUAAACGAAAAUAAUAUUAAAGUGGAGAAUAAAUGUUUAUUUUGUACUUAUUUAUCUUAUUAAAUUUCAACUUCCUAUUCCAACCGCAAUAUUUCGCUAAGUUUACGAUCCUCGUCGUUGCGUCGAGACGAGACUCCCCCGGCUGCAUCGCAUGGACAUUUUUUUUUUUUUUUUUUUUUUUUUUUUCAACACGCUCGCUUUCACGAAUGAGUUACAAUUAUUUAUCGCCUUCGAUCCUGAAACUCCAUUCUUUGACUGAGUGCUCAACAUUCGCCCCCGUAUUUUCUCACUCAAACAUCGCGAUCCACAGACACUGCUGGAACAACGAUUAUAAUAAUUGUUAAAUAUUCAAAAAAAUUAUUCUUCAACACACAUUUUUCGUGAUAGAAUUUGAAGGGACGGUACAUUGUGGAAACAAGAAUAAUAUUAUGUUUGUAAAGACUUUUCGAUUUACACGUCCGUUACUUUUUCUCCUUUCUCUCUUUUUGUAUAAACUAAAUAAAUUUGAAAAUGAAUAAAUAAUUAAUAGGGGAUGAAGAAUAUUUAAAAUGCGAUUACGAUUUAUGUAGAGACGAUGAAAAUAUCACGCAGAUCUGUAUAUUUGUAGUAGAAGUGUACAAUUUAAUAAUAAUAUCGAUGAUCAUAUUAUUAUUAUUAUCGCUCUAACUAUUAAGAUUAUUAUUAAUAUUAUUAUCAUUAUUAUUAAUAAUAUUAUUAUUAUUCAAUAUUAUAUUAAUAUUAUUAUUGUAUCGUGUAAAUAGAUGAAUUGUCAAUAUAAACGAGAUGUCGAAGGAGAGGAGACAGUGAACGAUUAAUAAUGAUAUAACUGAAAUCAA